AGGGUAGAGUUGAUAGGUUAGCAGGAAGUCGUGCUUAGCAGACAGCAAACAUGACGGAAGCGGCAAAGACUGAAGCAGAGCUCAGUAAAGAGCAGGGGAACCAGCAUUUUAAAGCUGGCGAAUAUGAGGAGGCCAUCAGCUGUUAUACCCAGGCACUCAAGCUGUCUGAGAAAGGGGACAAAGGAAAGGCAGUCUACUACAAGAACAGGGCGGCAUGUCAUCUUAAACUGGAAGAAUACUCAAAAGCAGCAGCAGAUGCCUCAAAAGCGCUGGAUAUUUCUGGUAACGACUCCAAGGCGCUGUUCCGUAAGUGUCAGGCCUUAGAGCACCUGUCAGAGGAGAACCCGCAGCACCUGACGACUGCGUACAAGGAUGCCAUGCAGCUGCUGCAGAUGGAGCCGAAGGACAGCCAGGUGCGGGCCAUGCUGGUACGCCUGAAGGAUCGCGUCAUGAAACUGAGCACAGAAAAACACGCGACCACCAACCGUGUGGAGCAGAUGUUAAAGAUUGCCUCUGGUAAAGAGGAGUCCUUGGAAAACAAGAGGAAGGCCGUGAGCAACCUGAUUGUCCUGUCUCGCGAGGAGGCCGGCGCCCAGCUGAUUUUCCGGGAGGGCGGAAUCCAGGGUCUGGAUCUGCUGCUGGAUCACCAGGAUGAGGAGAUACUACUGAACGCCAUGAUGGCUCUCACCAACUUGUGUUACGGGCACAGGUCCAGGACGAUGGCACUUUUGGACGUCAUCACGUUACCCAAGAUCUGCCGGCUUGUUGCCCGUCCAGACGAGAAAGUUUCCAACGGAGCGACGUCAUUGGUUCAAGCCGCGAUUCGCGCUGUGACGGGAUUGGACAAGGUCAUCCAUCGCGGAGCAGAGGAGGCUGUAGUGAUUGAUAACUCAGCCGACCUUGAACAGCUGAUGAAGGCCCUACUCGUCAUGUUGAAGGACAAGCGGGUUUCUGGUAUCGGGCGCGACAACGUCAUCGACUUGAUCAUCAAGAACGUGCCCAAAAAGGGCGGGCUUGGCAUCAUCAUCAAGACCAAACUGGCACAGAGCAAAUACAAGGACGGCAUCGGCUGCUCCGAGCUGUUUAUAGACAUGGGAGGGUUGAAGGACUUGAUUGUUGUGGGAGGAAACGUGAAGGAUUCCGACCCCUGUCUUCCCAUGACCGAGGAAACCAGGAUGCACAUUUCUGUCUGUCUCACUCGUAUCUACGACGACUACGCCAUCCACGACGAGGCUGUGCGGAGAUACAAAGACAUCUGUCAGUCAACUGUUCAAGGUUUGCUGGGAGAAGUAGAGAAGAGAGGGAUGGUAGCAAACCUGGAGGCUAUCCAGGCCCUGACUACUAUCUUACACGGUCCAUUUGACGUAGGAAACAUCAUCCUGGGUAUCCAGGCCAUCAUGAACAACAUGAUCGCUCUGUGUGCAGUGGAGGAACCGGAUAUGCAGAUGAUUGCAGUGGAAGCCAUGAUUGCCGCCAUGUCAAAGAAAAACCGUUCCACGUUCAUUCUGAGCCAUGGGGCGGGGCUACUGAAAGGGAUCUACAAGUCCGAGUCAGCGGACGACGCCAUUAAAGUCCGCGCACUGGUGGGUCUAAGUAAGCUGGGAUCUAUCUAUGGUUCAGAUGGCACCAGGAAGGCUUUUGCUGAAGGAUCUACCCUCAAGCUGGCCAAGCACUGUAGGAAAUUUUUGCUCACUUCAAAAGAAAGAGACUUGAGGCGCUGGGCAGCGGAAGGCCUUGCGUACCUCACCAUGGACGCCGACGUCAAGGAAUUUCUGGUGGACGAUCCGCAAACUGUUCGGGCUAUCGUGGAACUUGCUAAGGCUGGUGGCGUGAACGUUGUGUACGGUGUCGGAACCACGCUCAACAAUCUGGUGAACGGUUACGAGUAUGGUAAUGAGGAACAGCUCCCGGAAAUGAAGAAGCUCGCAAAGUUCGCCAAACAGCACGUCCCCGAGCCGCAUAAACUGGACUCCAAAGAACAUGUUGACACCAGGAUUGAGAAGUUGGUGAAGGAGGGUGUGGUGGUGAGUCUGGUCGCGCUCGCCAAGACGGAGAGCCACGCAGAGAGGGAGCUGCUGUCUCGCAUCUUCCUCGCCAUCACGGAACGGGAGGCGCAUCGCGGUAUCACGGUCGCACAGGGAGGAGCAAAGGUGUUGAUCCCAAUGGCCAACGAGGGAACAGACAAGGGGAAGUGGUUUGCAGGCCAGGCAUUGGCUAAGAUCGGCAUCACAACAAACCCUGAGAUCGCCUUUCCUGGACAGAGGGCAUUGGAGAUGGUUCGACCAAUGAAGAAGCUGCUUGAUAUGGACGCGUCCGCUCUGCAGAACUUCGAAGCCUUGAUGGCGCUGACCAAUCUGGCCAGUCAGAGUGAGAGUGUGAGGAACCGUAUCUUUGAGGACAAUGGUUUUGCUCUGAUUGAACACUACAUGUUCGAGGACCAUGAAAUGUUGAAGCGGGCUGCCAUACAGCUGAUGUGUAACUUGGUGUCAAGUAAAAAGUGGUUAGAGAAGUACCAGUCGACAGGGAACGACAGGUUGAAGUACAUCGUGCUGUUAUGUGGGGAGGAUGACUUUGAACUUGUGAAGGCAGCGGCCGGCACACUGGCACAGCUGACAGCACACAAGGACAUGUGUGAGAGAAUACCAGACGAGGUGAAGUCGUGGGUAGACAUCCUGUGUGAAGUGGGAGCCUCUCCUAUGCCAGACAUCCAACAUCGCAUGAUGGUGGUCAUCGCUAACAUGAUGAUGGCCAGCAAGGAACUCGCUACCAAGAUUGUAGAGACAAAGAUCCUGGAUGUUGUGAUGGCUGUACGCAUCUCGCUCAAGGACGAUGCCGACCCAACCAAACAGAAGGUCAGGAAGUGCGUGGACAUGGCCUUGAGAGCGGCUACGGACUUCGGUCUGAUCAAACCUGCAAGCAACCUGGAGGAACAGGAGGCUCUUCCUGCACAAGCAGAGCUUUUGAAUGCAAGCUAGAUGACUGAACAGCGCAAAGUCUUAGUUUGCCCCCCUCCCCACUUUCUGUACAGAAUUGCAGUGAAUUUAAACACUAUGUACAGACUUCAGUUUGAUAAAAGAAAACCUGCAAGUACUUUAGUUACUUGGACGCUCUUCCUACACAAGCAGAUAUUUUGAAUGCAAGCUAAAUGACUGGACUGUGCAAAUUGUGCCCCCCUCCCCACUCUCUGUACAGAACUUUCAAUCCACUUUGUAAGGAGCCACUUAGGUUGUACAGGUUUCAGUUUGAUCAAAACCUGCCAGCAACUUGGAGGCUCAAUAUGCAAAGUCUCAUUUUGCCUCCCCCCUCCCCACUUUCUGUACAAAACAGCAAGUUUUUUUAUUUCUAUCUAAGGAGCUAUACAUGUACAGACUUCAGUUUGAUCAAAACCUGCUAACUUGGAGGCACAGGCAGGGCUUUCGAAUGCAAGAUUGGACUGUGCAAAGUCUAAUUUUGCCCUCCUCCCCACUCUUUGUAAAGAAUUGCAGUGCAUUUGAAAUCCACUUUGUAAGGAGCUAUUCAUGUGUACACAGUCUUCAGUUUGAAUAAAAAAACCUGCUAGUAACUUGGAGGAACAGGAGGCUCUUCUUGCACAAGCAGAACUUGAAUGCAAGCUAGAUAAUUGGAUGGUGCAGAGUCUAAUUCCCCACUUUGUAAUGAGCUAUAUGUACAGGCUGUGGUCCGAUCAAACCUGCCAGUAACUUGGAAAAAUAGAAGGUUUUAUUUGGAGCAGAGCUGCAAGCUAGAUUGUCAAGACCACAAACCCUCAACCUACCCCCUACCUUCUGUACAGAAUAUCAGUGAAUUUCACACCCAGAUUUGACAGUUCUUCUGUGCUGGUAGAAAAAAUUGGAAUUACAUAGAUUUGCUUAUACUUGUAUCCAACUCUGGUCUUUGUCAACGAAUGAACAAUCCACUUUGCUCUAUGCAAAUUGCAGAUAGAACAUGUGAGGAAUGGUAGGAAGUGGAUGUUGCAGUCCUGGAAGUUUAUUGCUCUUUUACAAUCUACUUUAUAAAUCCAACAAGAGCUCUGUAAGAAAGCCAGAACUUUUAUAAAAGCCUGGGGUCUUUGUUCAUAAUACAAUAGCAUAGUGUAUAGUCAGUGAGGUUCUCAUAAUCAAGGUUUUUAGCAGGUUGACCUGCUUGACAAUGCCAGGAAAAUUAUGUACUUAACUUGAGUUGAAAAUUUCUUUGACAUGUACUUUGCAUGGAAGUAAAAUAAUGACAGUGAGCAACAUUGAUUGAUUUUCCAAAAGUAAAAGUAUUUUCAAUGUGAACCUAAGGGGAAAAACUGUCUUAUUACAAGGCAAUUUUUAUGUUGAAGAAGAUGAAUCAUGAAGUGCCUUUAUAUCAUGUGUACAUCAAUGGACAGGCUUCCCUUUUAAAGAUUUUCCAACAACAUUUUUUUGCUGAAUUUAAAUCAUGAUUGCAUGAAUCAAAUGAUUGUAAACUAUGUUAUGUUCUUAUAUACCAUGUUAUAAGUACCUGCCUUUUA